GAAAUACCAAACAAGUUAAAAACUUUCCUGUUGUUAACUUGUUAGUUGUUUCAAAGAGGCUAUUUUAGGUGGCUGCCGGUCUGUUGUUACAAAACUCCCCAGUCCCCAGUCCCCAGCCACCCCCACCACCCACCACCCCCAUCCACUCAGCCCCUGAAAGCCACUAAGCCGGUCACCCGUGCCUUACUCGUCGCCAUCCCACGGCCCGCAAAUCCGACGCUGUCCGAAGACGUUGGCUCUUCAGUGGAAUCCUCGUCCUCGGCGGCAAACCGGAAACACCCGACGCUGUCCGAAGACGUUGACUUUUCAAUGGAAUCGCCGUCCUCGGCAGCAAACUGGAAAUACCAGACGCUGUCCGAAGAUGUUGACUCUUCAGUGGAAUCGUCGUCCUCGGCAGCAAACUGGAAACACUCGGUCCUGUAUUUGUCUUUCCUCUGCUCAGUCAUCUACUUUUUUCACACCCAAAUCUCUCACAAUUUGCUAAUCGGCCAUCGGCCUGUCAGAGUAAAAAAAACCAGCCCAGAUCUUCCCCUUCGUUUCCGGUCCGACGGAACCUUCAAAAUCCUGCAGGUGGCUGAUAUGCAUUACGGGAAUGGAAGGUUGACUCGCUGCCGAGAUGUGUUGGACUCCGAGUUUGACUGGUGUUCUGAUCUCAACACCUCCCACUUCCUGAGGAAGAUGAUUGAAGCUGAGAAGCCUCAUUUCAUUGCUUUUACAGGAGAUAAUAUAUUCGGGUCAAGCUCUGUUGAUGCUGCUGAAUCCAUGCUUAGAGCAUUUGGUCCUGCCAUUGAUUCAGGAGUUCCGUGGGCAGCAGUUUUAGGAAACCACGACCAAGAAUCUACGAUGACACGUGAGGAACUGAUGUCUUUUAUCUCACUUAUGGAUUAUUCAGUUUCACAAGUUAAUCCAUUAGCUGAGGAUCUCUCUAAAGGAGGAAGCGCGAAAAACAUUGAUGGAUUUGGCAAUUAUGAUCUGAGAGUAUAUGGUGCCCCGGGAUCCUAUUUGGCAAACACAAGCAUCCUCAAUCUUUUCUUUCUUGACAGUGGAGAUAGGGAAACUGUUGAAGGAGUUCAAACUUAUGGUUGGAUUAAGGAAUCUCAACUCCAUUGGCUUCGUGACAUUUCUCAGGGAUUUCAGGGCCACAUUGGAUAUCUAGAUCGCUCAGCAGAGGCUUUUCCUCCGGACAAACCACCAGCGCUUGUAUUUUUUCAUAUCCCAAUUCCAGAGGUCCGGCAGCUGUGGCACAAAAAGAUUGUUGGCCAGUUUCAGGAGGCUGUGGCAUGUUCAAAAGUGAACUCAGGAGUUUUGCAGACCCUUGUAUCCAUGGGAGACGUGAAAGCCGUGUUCAUGGGACACGAUCAUACCAAUGACUUCUGCGGGAAUCUUGAUGGUAUUUGGUUUUGUUAUGGUGGGGGCUUCGGGUACCAUGGUUAUGGAAACGCUAGGUGGCCAAGGAGAGCAAGGGUCAUAUUGGCAGAACUUGGGAAGGGAAAGAAAGGCUGGAUGGGCGUUGAGAGGAUUAAGACAUGGAAGCGUCUUGACGACGAGAAACUGAGCAAGAUUGAUGAGCAAGUCUUGUGGAAACAUGAACCAGCAGGAUAGUCCCGAUUCAUAAGGCACUAGCAGAGGAACUGCCCAUAUGCCCUCACGAGUUUUUCCGUACACUGCUUGAUUUAGCAUCAGAGAGGAGAGGACUGUUUAUGUGAAAUUCCGUUCCUAGAUUUCACUAUUGCAAACUCCGUAUUUGUAUUAAGGAUAUUUUAUAUUAUUUUUGGGAAUUUAUAUUAAGGGUAAAAGAUUGUUUAUUACCCUCA